AGAGAAAAGCGUGGCCGGAGGAUUCACGAAUCAGAUCAGGCGCCUUGGGACAACCUGAAGGCGGUGGGAGGGGACCUUCGGGCCGGUCACGUGGGCAGGCUAGUGGAGCCGUUGCUAGGCAACGACCGCUGUUGGGAGGGCGGUGCCCUGAGGUGUUCUAACAGGUCCGGGGCUUCCCUGCAAGAAAGCAAGGGGUCCAAGACCUACGGGGACUUAGCCAUGGAAAAGAAUGAUGUGAUCAACUUCAAGGCUUUGGAGAAAGAGCUGCAGGCCGCACUUGCUGCUGAUGAGAAGUACAAAAGGGAGAAUGAUGCCAAGCUGCGAGCAGUUGAACAAAGGGUGCCUUCCUAUGAGGACUUCAGAGGUAUUGUCCUUGCGUCACACCUGAAACCUCUAGAACAGAAGGACAAGAUGGGAGGAAAGAGAAUUGCGCCCUGGAACUGUCACACUACUCAGGAAAGGACUUUUCAAGAUGUGGCCACUGAAAUACCCCAGGAGAAGUCACCCUUCCAGCCCACGACCUCUUCAGAGUUUUACCGUGAUUGGCGGCGACACUUAAGAAGUGGACCAGAGCGCUACCAAGCCCUGCUUCAGCUCGGGGGUCCCAGGCUGGGCCACCUCUUCCAGACGGAUGUGGGCUUUGGACUUCUUGGGGAGCUGCUGGUGGCACUGGCUGAGCACGUGAGGCUUGAUGACCGGGAGGCAGUACUGGGGAUUCUGCACAGCCUGGCUAACACCGGGCGGUUCACCUUGAACCUGAGCCUGCUGAGCCAUGCAGAGCGGGAGAGCUGCCAGCACUUGUUUCAGAAGCUGCAGGCCAUGGGCGCCGCCGGACCCACGCAGGAGGGGCUCAGCAUGGAACAGCCACCUAUGGUGCUACAGGGAGAGGAAGGGCUCCUACAGGAGCUAAGGGGGCUGUAUGGGGUCCACUGAUAAGGCUGGCUGCCCUCAGCCUUCCCAGGGGUCUUACAAAGCAUGUU